AUGGCACUCGUGUCUCAGAAGUAUGGCGAAUGCUGCGAUGUGAUCGGUCACGGCUCCUCUGGAGUUAUCCUACUGUCGCACAAGGUCCAAGAAUGGCACCCGAACAUUGAUUCCUUUUACGCAAUCAAGGUCUUCCGCCGCGGGACGGACACCUGCGAAUCGGCUUAUAAGAGGCGUAUUGAUGCAGAGUUUUCCAUAUCUUCUUCAUUGAGGCACCAAAAUGUGGUUCGGACAUUCGAUCUAUUCCAAAUUGGCAGUGGCAGCCUUUGUGAGUGCUUGGAGUAUUGCUCUGGUGGGGAUCUACAUUCAUUGGUGGUCAUGAGAGGCCAGCUGGAGCAGAAUGAGGCCGACUGCUUCUUUAAACAGCUUAUGCGUGGUGUCAACUACCUGCACGAAAUGGGAAUCGCUCAUCGCGACUUGAAACCAGAAAACCUUCUUCUCACAUCAAAUGGUUGCAUCAAAAUAUCGGAUUUCGGGACGGCAGAAUGUUUCCGUCUUGCUUGGGAGAGUGAUAUACACAUGUCAAGAACACGUCGCGGUUCACGCCCUUACGUAUCACCGGAGCAGUAUCUCAGCAAGGAAUUUGAUCCAAGAUCAGUCGACAUCUGGGCUGCGGCUAUGACCUACGUUGCGAUGAGAACUGGCAGGAUCCUGUGGAAGAUAGCGACUGAUGUCGACGAGAAUUUCAGAGACUACGUCGCGGACCGCAAGAUUGGGAGAGGUUACUUCCUUAUUGAGGAUAUAUGCCAUGUUAAGUCAAAUGAGGUUCUUCGUUCUCAAUGGUUGCAGGAGAUUGAAACAUGUACAGAUGACGACUCUAAACCAGUUUAG